AUGACAAGGCACUUUGCUGAAGCGGUAUCACGGAUUCCACGACCCAAUGAGCGAGUUGAACCCAUAGGAAUUGAAGGGCCAAAUGCCGCAGAAGCAUGGCUCACGUAUAUAGAUGUGCUGUUCGAUACUCUUGGUUGUACGGACAAACAGAAAGUUCAGUACAUCGCACUCCAACUGACAGGUGAAGCUAGGAGAUGGUGGAAUUCGAAGAAGGUACUAUUUGGGGGCGAGACGGUGAUCACUUGGGAGAUGUUCAAAGUGGAAUAUAACCGGCGCUUUUUCCCUAGAGCUCAGAGGCAGCUUCGAGCAAUAGAAUUCCAAAACCUUGUUCAAGGUACUAUGACCGUUGAACAAUAUUCUGCUAGAUUUAUGGAAUUAGCCAGGUUUGCGGCCAACUUUAUUCCCGACGAAAAAUCGAAAGCGGAACGAUUUGAAAACGGCCUCAAUCCUCGCAUCAAGGAGAGAGUAAUCUGCUUGGAAAUAAAAGUUUUUGCCGGAUUAGUAGAAGUGGCAUCACUUGCUGAAAGGGGAAUUCGCGAAUCUGCAGCAGCCUAUGACCUGAAAAGGCGAAUAAAGCAGCAAACAUCGUAUUCAGAAAAGAGGCCAGCAAUAGAGAAUGAUUUCAAGCCAGCUGUGGGCAAAAGUUUUUCGCCCGCACUAGGAAAUCAAAGACCCUCCUGUAAUAGGUGUGAAAAAUUGCAUGGGGGAGAGUGUAAGAUGAUAGGUGCUACCUGCUUCCAGUGUGGUAGGACUGGUCAUUUUCAGAAGUAUUGUCCCAUGAACUCUGCUAAAGGAUCAAAGCCGCAAGGAGGCGAAUCCUGA